AUGGGAUUUGCUUUUUUUGGUUCAAUUGUUGUUCUAACGCUGUUCUUCAGGUCAAAUCUUUGUCAACAACAAGAACAACCCAUUCCCAAUACGGAUGAGUUCUUCAUCUCUGAUUUCUUUCAAAAGAUGGGUAUAAAUCCUUCGAAUUCAUCUUUUUCUCAUAUUUACAAUUUCUCUGGACCUGUUUGUUCAUGGCAAGUUGUUUUCUGCGAUUCCAAUCAAGAAAAUGUCAUAGGUUUUGUUGCUCCUAAUUUGGGACUUUCUGGGUCCAUUCCUGAUAACACCAUUGGCAAACUCACAAAGCUUCGAUCUUUGGAUCUUAGCAAUAAUCAGGUCACUGAUUUGCCUUCUGAUUUUUGGAGUUUGGGUUCACUUAAAUUCCUCAAUCUUUCGAACAACAAAAUCUCCAUGAAUAUCCCCAGCAACAUUGGUAACUUCGGUUCACUUGAAAAACUAGACCUUUCUUUCAACAAUUUCUCUGGUAGUCUUCCUGAAUCCAUUAGUUCUCUCACCAAUUUAGAAGUUCUUAAUCUCAAUCGAAAUGGGUUUGAUUCCACUAUUCCAUUGGGAAUCAUAAGCUGCCAUUCUUUGAUUUCUCUUGACUUCUCUUGGAAUAGUUUCAAUGGGGUUCUUCCUGAUGGCUUUGGUUCAUCAUUUCCUAAGCUCAAAAGCUUGAAUCUUGCUGGAAAUGAAAUCAAAGGAAGGGGUUCGGAUUUUUCCAUGUUGGAAUCUUUAACUUACCUUAACAUUUCCAAGAAUCUUUUCCAGGAUUCAGUUGUUGAAAUCUUUCAGGGGACAUUGGAAGUGAUUGAUUUGAGUAGUAAUCACUUUGAAGGUCAUAUUUCUCAGGUAAACUUCAGUUCUGCCUUCAAUUGGUCUCACUUGGUUCAUCUUGAUUUGUCUGAUAAUGACAUCAGUGGACAGUUUUUCAGUAAUUUAAGUCAAGCCCAUAAUCUCAAACACCUUAAUCUUGCCAAGAACAGAUUUUCUACCCAAAAAUUUCUCCAGAUUGAUGCCCUUCAUAGUUUAGAGUACUUAAACUUGUCUAACACCAAUUUAAUCGGCCAAAUUGCUGAUGAAAUGUCUGUGUUAACUCAUCUGAAAACACUCGAUCUCUCGAGUAACCAUCUCAGUGGUAAAAUUCCACAUUUGAGCUUGAACACCCUGCAAAAUCUUGAUCUUUCAUUCAAUAACUUGAGUGGAGAGAUACCCAUAUCUCUCUUGAAAAAGCUUCCAUGGAUGGAAAGAUUCAACUUUUCUUACAACAACCUGACCCUUUGUGAUUCGGCAUUUUCUACCGAAACCCUCCAAUCCGCUUUUGUUGGUUCAUCAAAUAACUGCCCCAUUGCUGCAAAUCCUAUACUUUUCAAGAAGAAAGCUCAUAGCCAUAGGGGACUCAUGCUUGCUUUGGCCUUAACCUGUUCAAUAGUCUUUUUGCUUGCGGCAUUGCUGUUUUGUGCGUUUGGUUGUCGAAGAAAAACACAAAUGUGGGCAGUGAAACAAGAUUCUUACAAAGAAGAGCAAGUGAUUUCGGGUCCUUUUUCAUUCCAAACCGAUUCCACCACUUGGGUAGCCGAUGUAAAGCUUGCAACCGCAGUUCCUGUAGUGAUCUUUGAGAAGCCAUUGCUGGAUUUCACCUUCUCUGAUCUUCUUUCAGCCACUUCAAAUUUUGAUAGAGGAACCCUUUUGGCAGAAGGGCGAUUCGGGCCGGUUUACAGAGGCUUCUUGCCAGGUGGAAUCCACGUGGCUGUUAAGGUUUUGGUCCAUGGUUCCACCAUGACUGACCACGAAGCAGCGAGAGAGCUUGAGUAUCUUGGAAGGAUAAAACACCCGAAUCUUGUUCCUUUAACUGGAUAUUGCUUGGCUGGUGAACAAAGAAUCGCGAUUUAUGAUUACAUGGAGAAUGGAAAUCUCCAUAAUUUGCUUCAUGAUCUCCCUCUUGGAGUUCAAACCACAGAAGAUUGGAGUUCUGAUACAUGGGAAGCCGAUGAAAGCAACAGUAACGGAAUUCAAAACGUGGGGUCCGAAGGUCUGUUGACCACGUGGCAAUUUCGGCAUAAGGUUGCGCUUGGCACAGCUCGUGCAUUGGCGUUUCUCCACCACGGAUGCUCACCUCCAAUCAUCCACAGAGACGUAAAAGCAAGCAGCGUCUAUCUUGAUGACAGUCUCGAACCAAGAUUAUCCGACUUCGGACUUUCAAAGAUCUUUGGUAACGGUCUUGAAGACGAGAUUUCUCAUGGGUCCCCCGGAUACAUCCCACCGGAGUUUCUAAAUCAAGAUGGAAGCUCCUCACCGUAUGUGAUCACUCCAAAAUCUGACGUCUAUGGGUUUGGAGUGAUUCUUCUUGAGCUCAUAACAGGAAAAAAGCCUCUUGAAGAUGAGUACCCAGAUGAGAACAACUCAAAAGAAGCAAACUUGGUGAGUUGGGUGCGAGGUUUAGUGAGAAAGAACCGCGGUUCAUGGGCCAUAGACUCCAAGAUCCGUGGCACAGGGACCGACGCUCAGAUGGUUGAGGCCUUGAAGAUCGGCUAUCUGUGCACAGCCGAUCUUCCGGCCAAACGGCCGAGUAUGCAACAGGUGGUUGGACUUCUGAAGGAUCUUGAACCAGUUAUUAAUCAGUGAGAGAAGUUUCAAAAGAAGUUUGGUUCUUUGCAUUCUGUUGGUGUUCAUCUGUUGAUUUUGUUUUGAGGGUCUGCAGUUCUGUUUUGUUAGUUCUUUUAUAUGGUGUACAGUUUGUUCAAAAUCACAACUGUCUAACUUCACUUAGGCAUUGUUGGUGGCAUAAACUCUUUUAACCUAA